AGUCGAGAAACGAUUAUUGUAAGAAGAACAAGUUAAUGUGGUCGAAGAAUUUUUCCCCAAAAAGUGCAGAUUUUUGGAAUAUUUCCGGCUUGGUGCGGUUUAUGUAUGUGAAAAUAUUUUUUAGUUUCCAUUUAUAGCUCUAGACGUAGGUAUUCUCUUUAUAAUUAUUAAUCAUUGUCGUUGUGCGGUCAAAAAUAUUUUAAAAUAGAGAAUUGUGUAUCACACAGAAACAAUGUUAUGGUUUUUUGGUAUAUUUUUUACUGUGUAUAUCGUAAAGUGUUACAACAUAGACAUUGAUCAUCCAAUUAUUAUCGAAAAUCCAGAUAGAGCCCAACCGAAGUCAUAUUUUGGUUAUUCCGUUGCGCUGUAUAAUGAUAAAGAUCGUAAGGAAAAAUGACUUCAGCCAGUGGUUGGCAUGAUACUUUCACCCGUUUGAAUAAUACUGCCGCCGCUCAAGGGAGCUUUUACAUAGAAAAUAUCAAUAAGAAAACCUUCAAGAAUAGAUAUAAUCCAUUGGAAAAACCAGAAAUCUCUGAACGUUUGCCUUAUUAUCAACGAUCUUUAGCUGGAUUUUCUCUGCACUUCCCGCAAGUAAGAUACGCCUUAACGUCCGGUUAUUUUUACCACAAAUCUGAACUACACUACGUGACCGGUUUGCCGAGAGGAUUCCAUGAGAACAGACUAUACAAUGUUCCCUAUGGAAUGGUUUUGAUUUUCACUUUUGACAACGCUCCAACUAAGAUUCGAAACGAAGUGAAAUCCAAACUUAAGGAAGAACUUUUCGGUACCCAAUUUGGUGAAUAUUUUGGUUCUUCCUUGGCAGCUGGUGAUCUCAACGCGGACGGCUUCGACGAUCUUAUAGUUGGGGCACCGUACAGGAGCAACGAUAAAACUGGUUACAAUCAUGGAAGCGUUUAUGUGUUUUACGGACAUAAUAGAAAGUUACAAUUUGGUAUGCAAAAUAGAAUAGACGGCGGUGUAUCUGGAGGUCGUUUUGGAACGGCUUUAAUGGUUUUAGGGGAUUUGGACCAUGAUGGAUAUAAUGAUGUUGUAGAUUUGACGUUAAAAAAAAAUUAUGUUGCAGAACUAGCAAUCUCAGCUCCAAAUGAAGACGAAUCCGGAGUAAUAUAUAUUUAUACGUUCGACACUAUCAUGAAAACAUUAAAGAUUUUCCAAAGGAUACAAGGAAAACAUAUAAAUUCGAAAUUAAAGGGAUUUGGUAUGAGCUUAUCCAGAGCUAUAGAUAUUGAUGACAAUGAUUUUCCAGAUUUUGCAAUUGGUUCACCUUUAUCAGGACACACAGUCAUACUACGAACAAAACCAACCAUAUCUUGGCUUGCCAAAAUUGAAAUAUAUUCACUGCUAUUAAGCAAAGAUAUGAGAGACCUUUCCUUUCAAUGCUGUUACAAUUUUACAGGUUAUGCUGGGGAAAAUUCAAGUAUCCUAAGAAAUGUAACAGUUGAUAGAGAUUUUAAUAGAUUUUCCUUCAAAGAAAGUAAAAAUAGUGAAGAAAAGGUUAUAAAUAUUGAACAAGACAUGGAAAAUAUAAAAUAUUGCGAUACAAUAAACCUUAUCAGAACAGAAAUCCAUAACUACAACGACCCGAUUCCAAUUACGCUCAGCUACAGAAUAGCAGAAAAUCAAAAAGCGAAUCAAAAGAAUCCAAUAGUUAUUGACAGCCAAAAUAUAAUAUCGGCUGACACGUUUUGCAAAACUUGUCCGCAGUUGAGUGAAAAAUCUCAAACAACUGAUACCAAGUUGGUAUUUUGGCUCGAGAAAUGUAAUCAUUUUGGACAAUUGGAGCCGUGCAUUGCGAAAUUGGAAAUCGAGGCAAGAUUUUUGGGCUUGUUUCAAAAAAACACAUUCAUUCUCGGCUCCAAAGAACUACUAACUUUAGAAGUGAAUGUUACCAACAAUGGAGACGCAGCAUUUUCUCCAUUCUUGGAAAUACUUUUACCAAGCGGCGCGAGCCUUAGCACAGGCCAUGCCGAUUGUCAAACUAGAGGAAAUGAUGGCCUUAUUAUUAGAUGUGAACGGGAAAUACUGGAGAGUAAAACCGAAAUGGAAAAACAUAAAAAUAUGGCGAAUUAUGUACUAAAGUUGGUGAUAGAUGUAGAAGAUACCAAUGAAUUGAAUUUUAGUUUCAAAGCAUCCACAAUAACUAAACAUCAUAGUGACAAAAGUACUUAUAAUUUGAUAUUGAAGAUAAAACGAGAUGCUCAUCUUUUUAUAGAAGGGUAUUCGAAUGAAUCGAGCUAUAUUUAUGAGCAAGGCAAACCGACUUUGAUCCAAAAUAUUUUCAAGAUACAAAAAUUUGGAAUCAGCCCUACUUCACCAGUUGAUGUAGAAAUAUUGGUUCCAACUCAAAUUCAAAACUCUAAAGGAAAAUUUGCCCAAAUUGUAAAAAUCCUCGAACAAAACGAUACAAGUCUUGAAAACGUUCCAAUUACAUGUCAGAAGCCUGCGAAGAAUUCCCUAGAAAAAAUUAAUUCUAUUCCAUUUCAAGCAAUCAGAAGAGAAUCAACUUCCACCAUUCCCUUAAAUUUAUUAAUAUUGCAUUGUAAUAAGACAAACGUCACUUGCACAUCUAUAAAAUGCACAGUAGGUCCUUUUGACGGUUCCCAAAACCACGCUGAACUUUCUAUAGAGAUGGAAGUUGAUUUCAGAAGUUUCGAUGGAAAUUUGGACAAAGAGUGGACAACGGAUAUUGACCAAGUGAUUAUUACCAGUAGUGCCUCGGUUUUUAGCAGUGACUUUAUUAUCGAUGGUGGAAAUAAUAGAUCUGAUUCUACUCAUUUAGAGAACAUAGUAUCUAUUUACAAAGACUUUGUAAUUUCCCUAUGGAUUUUAGUAGGUUCUGCUGUAGCUGGCUUAGUUAUUUUGAUAUGUCUUUCAAUGGGACUUGGAAAAGCAGGAUUCUUUGAAAGAAAAAAACUUAAAAUGUUGCAAAAACUGAGGGAAGACGAACUUGAAGAAGAAAGGAUUAUAGAAGAAAUGAUACAAAAAGAGCUGGAAGGACACCCAUCAUGUGAAGGAGAUCCUGUAUUAAGAUAUGCUAAACCGGCGGAUCUUGAAACUUACUGGAGUAUCAUGGAAAAAAAUGCUCUGUAUAAUGAUCCUCUAUUAUUGAUGGCAAAUAGGGAGUUGGAAGCACAAGAAAAUAAUGCAUAAAUGAAAGGGAUAUUUAUACGGUUUCUUAACACGUAGACUAGGACGCCGUUGUUUUAUUCGUUUUGUUUGGUAUCCAUGUUUAGCGACACAAAAAAUAAAAAACGCGUAACCAACUUAAACACGUGCUGGAGAAAUGCAUUUAGAAGGACGCCGGAGCGACUGCGAUUCUCUCGCCAACGCCUACUGAAUAUAGACUCACAAAUUGAGCAUGUAUAGCACGCCGAUCGGAGUAGUUGGCGUCACCGAUAGGUGCCAGUAAACUCCGAUCGGAGUGAUCGGCAGUCAACGUUUUAAGAGGUUUGGAUCAAGCUUGGCAAUAACGUUGUAGUGCCAGCGCUUCUCGAAGCACGGAGAAUGAGAGAAUGAGAAAAUGGACAAUUAGACUCUCACGGCAUCAGCAGCGCCCACCGUACUGCCAGAAAACAGCUCUUCACUGCACUCAGAAAAAUUACAUGGGUUGAUUCAACAACAAAAAUUUGUUGAAUAACAAAUCCGAUGAUAUUGUCAAAUGAAACUACAAUCUGUUUAAUUUAAUCAGAGCUUGAAAGUUAUUUCUACCAAUAAAAAAUUGUUGCGAC